AUGUUGGAGAUGCUUGAAUACAGUCACUAUCAGGUGCAGUCCCAUCUUGAAAAUCCCAACAAGUACCACAUUCAGCAGAACCAAAGACAGCAGGUGAGACAGUAUCUGUCAACAACAUUGGGAGGCAAAGCUGGCAGUCAGUGUCCCAGCCAGCCCCCCGAACACGGCUUGCCACCCGGGCCUGGCAGCAGUGCCCCCAACAGUCCAAUGGCUCAUCUCACCUUAACCUCUAACUGUGAGAAAGAGAUGGAUGAUGUUAUUGAUGAUAUAAUUAGCAUGGAGUCAAGUUAUAAUGAAGAUGUUCUUGGACUUAUGGAUCAAGGACUCCAAAUAAACACCACACUACCUGUGUCUGGUAAUCUUCUCGAAGUAUACGGCAACCAAGGACUUCCACUCCCAGGCCUGGCCAUCAGCAACUCAUGCCCACCAACCAUUAAAAGGGAAUACACAGUUACUCUAGCUCCUGGCAUGAAGCAAGUACUGAGCAAACCUGGACCAUGUGGCCGGUACGAAAACUAUCAAAGAUCAGAUGGCUUUCCAGUAGAGGCUGAGGUUCGUGCUCUGGCAAAAGAAAGACAAAAAAAGGACAAUCACAACUUAAUUGAACGAAGACGAAGAUUUAACAUCAAUGAUCGGAUAAAAGAACUUGGGACUUUGAUUCCCAAAUCAAAUGACCCAGAUAUGCGCUGGAAUAAGGGCACCAUUCUAAAAGCUUCAGUGGACUAUAUAAGGAAACUACAGCGGGAGCAGCAGCGGACUAAAGAGCUUGAGUGCAGACAGCGGAAGCUGGAACAUACAAAUCGUCACCUUAUGCUUCGAAUCCAGGAGUUGGAGAUACAAGCUCGUGCACAUGGCCUCACAGUAGUUUCAUCCCCAACAGUCUGCACAUCAGAGAUGAUGGGUCGGGUCAUUAAACAGGAACCCAUCGUUGAUGACUGCCAUUCGGAGCUCUAUCAUCACACCUCAGCUCCUGACAUGUCCCCACCAACCACUUUAGACCUCAACAAUGGCACAAUAUCCUUUGAUCCGAUUCCUACAGACCCUGUGGAACCUGGCCCAUAUGGAAACCCUAGGACCUGUAAAAUGAAAGAACUGGUCAGGGACACUACAGUGUCACCAAUUUCCCCAAGCGACUCAUUACUAUCUUCAAUGUCUCCAGAUGAGUCGGUUAAUAUCCACCACAACUCUAAUUCAAGAUUGGAAGACAAGGAGUGUGCCUGUUAG